UACGCAAAUAAGAACUCGGCGAUUCCCCUCCUGCCGCUUUGAUUUCGGGCACCUCCACCAGAUAAUUGGGAAGGGUUUCCAGAAGGUGGGAAAUGUCACCUGAUUCACACUGAACUUUUAAAAGCUCCCCACCCCCAAGGAACCGCGCACACCCUCGCUCGCGGCCGCCCUCCCACUGCCCCACACACUGGGAGACCGCCCACCGCAAACCGCGGAGACCCCCGUCUAGAUUUAAAGCGCGGCUGCGCCUGGCUUCUGACGUCCAUUGAAUCGCGCGGGCGGCCGGCGGCAAGCGCUGGGCUACGCCGGGAUAGCUGCGCCCUCCGCCGCUCGCCUCUGCGACGCGCACCGCUUGCCAGAGCCACCCGCCGCCGCGCCAGCUCCCCGCGCCACCGCGCCCGCUCCCCGCGCCGCCGCGCUCCUCUCCCCGCGCCUGCCCCCAGGAUGGCCCGUCCUAGGCACCAGCCCGGCGGGCUUUGCCUCCUGCUGCUGCUGCUCUGCCAGUUCAUGGAGGACCGCAGCGCCCAGGCUGGGAAUUGCUGGCUCCGCCAAGCAAAGAACGGCCGCUGUCAGGUCCUGUACAAGACAGAACUGAGCAAGGAGGAGUGCUGCAGCACUGGCCGCCUGAGCACCUCGUGGACCGAGGAGGACGUAAAUGACAACACGCUCUUCAAGUGGAUGAUUUUCAAUGGGGGCGCCCCCAACUGCAUCCCGUGUAAAGAAACGUGUGAGAACGUGGACUGUGGCCCCGGGAAAAAAUGCCGAAUGAACAAGAAGAACAAACCCCGCUGCGUCUGUGCCCCAGAUUGUUCUAACAUCACCUGGAAAGGCCCGGUGUGUGGGCUGGAUGGAAAAACCUACCGCAACGAAUGUGCGCUCCUCAAGGCCAGAUGUAAAGAGCAGCCAGAGCUGCAAGUCCAGUACCAGGGCAAAUGUAAAAAAACCUGUCGGGAUGUUUUCUGUCCAGGCAGCUCUACAUGCGUGGUGGACCAGACUAAUAAUGCCUACUGUGUGACUUGUAACAGAAUUUGCCCAGAGCCCACCUCCUCUGAACAGUAUCUCUGUGGGAAUGAUGGAGUGACCUACCCCAGUGCCUGUCACCUGAGAAAGGCUACCUGCCUACUGGGCAGAUCUAUCGGAUUGGCCUAUGAGGGAAAGUGUAUCAAAGCAAAGUCAUGUGAAGAUAUCCAGUGCACUGGUGGAAAAAAGUGUUUAUGGGACUUCAAGGUUGGCAGAGGCCGGUGUUCCCUCUGUGAUUCACUGUGCCCUGAGAGUAAGUCUGAAGAGCCUGUCUGUGCCAGUGACAAUGCCACCUAUGCCAGCGAGUGUGCCAUGAAGGAAGCGGCCUGCUCCUCAGGCGUGCUGCUGGAAGUGAAGCACUCCGGAUCUUGCAACUGAAUCUGCCCGUAAAACCUGAGCCAUUGAUUCUUCAGAACUUUCUGCAGUUUUUGACUUCAUAGAUAAUGUUUCUAAAAAAAAAAAAAAAAGUUUUUUUUUAAAACUUGUUACAUAACAGCAGAUGCCAAAAACAAAACAGCAUCUUACUGCAAGCCACAUAAAAAUGCAACGCUGUAAUAUGGCUGUUACAGAGGGCUUUGAAAACAUGCACUGAGCUGCUUCUGCGCUGUUGUUGUCCAUAUUUAAACAGCAGCUCCCCUGUAUUCCCCCAUCUAGCCAUUUCGGAAGACACCGAGGAAGAGGAGGAAGACGAAGACCAGGACUACAGCUUUCCUAUAUCUUCCAUUCUAGAGUGGUAAACCCUCCACCAGUGUUCAAUGUUGACAUAGCCUUUGGGCAAAAAAAAAAAAAAAAAAAAGGAAAGAAAAAAAGUAAAAAAAAAAAUACAUUGUCCAUACUGUAAAUAAGUGUAUGCCUAUUUAUUUGGGGGGAAAA